AAUGAUACAUUAAGUAUUUUUAUAUAAAUAAUAAGAAAUUUUAUUUUUUAAGUUAUUAACUUUUUAACAUUAAUACGAAAAAUCUCUCGUCAUCCGGGUAGCCCAAAACAAAACCUCGACGAUAUACGGAGUGGCGGGAACGAUCAGAUUGCUUAUAGGAAAUUGUGCUCUUGUAAUAACUUCGCGGACGGAAGUUGGGACUUAUCUCGGCUUCCCUGUUUAUCGACUGACCUCGAUGAGGUUUCUGUCCUGCAACGAUGGUAUGAAGAAUUCAACUGCUCAGGAGAAAAAGGAUGAGGCGUACUUCAUGGCUCUGUUGAAAACAGUCCAAUCAACUCCGGGGCUGUAUUUCUCGUACAAGACUGAUAUAACACUAAACUUUCAAAGAAGAUGUAAGUUAGUGGAAGGAUGGAUGGCCAAACCAAUAUGGAAGCAGGCUGAACCUCGAUUUGUUUGGAACAGAAAUCUUUUGGACGAACUUAUCAAGUAUAAGCUUGAUGGGUUCAUUAUUCCUCUAGUACAAGGAAAUAUCCUGAACUUACUGAUUUCUUAUGUGGACAAGAAUGUGGAGAAGAGGAGCCAACCUUGAUGGAGAUGUUGCUAAUUUU